AGAUAGCAAACAAUGAAAACCAAUGAAAUCAAUGAUUCAAAGCAUUGUUUUUCUCGUCUUUUGAAUGAAUGACUGACUCGUCGUUUGUUUAGAUAAUAGUCGACCACAAGAUUUGGACAUCACUUGUGGCCACACGUGUCGGACACACAAACACAUCAAUCGUUUGUGACAAUUGUUUACGAUGGCCGAAGAAGAUGACUUUGAAAUCGACAAAAUUGUGGACAAACGAGUUGACAGUAACGGCAAAGUGGAGUAUUGGGUCAAAUGGAAAGGUUUCGAUGAAACAGACAAUACAUGGGAACUGAAGGAAAACCUAAUGCAGAAUCUGAAGUGCAGUUCAGUUGUCGACCAAUUUGAAAGACAACUGAAGAAUACAACCGACAGUCAUAACAAUACUGCCAAUCAUUAUCUCAUCGAUGAUAACAAAGUUAUCGCUAACACGACUCGUGUCGCUAAAGAAGAUUCCACACAUAAGUUGAGUGAUAUAUCAGCCAAAAGCAACACAAAAGACAAUAUUAUGAAUAAAAAAGGCAUCAAAAAGAAUGGCAACACUUCCGAUUCGGUGACGACAACUAAAAGAGCUCACAAUAAAACAAAUAGGAAAUUGAAGAAUUGCCCAAAUGAUGAAAAGAUGGACCAAAUACCAGAUAAAGUGAUAGACAAAUCAAAGCUGAAAGGCUUUGAUCGACAACUCGAAGCCGAUUACAUAUGCGGUGCGACCACUCUUUACGGAGAACUCAUGUUUCUUAUCAAAUGGAAAGGCGUUAAUUCUGCCGAUUUGGUGGCCGCUAAAGAGGCCAACCAAAAGAUACCGCAAACGGUUAUCAAAUUUUAUGAGAAGAAUCUUUGCUUCAAGAAUUGAAAUCAUUUGAUUUAAAUCUUAUUGACUUAAGAAGUCGCUCAAUACUUGUUGUCUUUUGAAUUGUUUAACAGUUUUAUAAAAAAAUUUACAAUUUGUAUUAAUCCCAUGUUUACCGUAUUAUACCACGAAAUACAGCGCCAAUACAUUAAAUAUGACUUUCCUGACAAUGACAGCAAUUGAUUGUUAUUACCAAUAAUUUUAAAUUAUCAUUAAUUGGUUGUUAUACGAGACUAUGUAUUGUUAUAGUUGUACAACUUUAUAAUGAAUUGUGGAAACAUUGAUUGAAUUUUAUUUCACUGUUUCAUAAUUUGUACAUAAAUUGUCGCAAAUGUUACUAAAAUA